AUGCAUGCGCCAUACAGCUGCGGUUACAGCCACCAGAUACUGUACCGGGAGAAGUUAAAAGCAUGCCGUCACGAAAAGAUACACACACAAAAAGGCUUGAUGUGUAUGAAAACAUCGGCAUUUAGGAUUCUGCAAUCAAAAUUAAAAUCGACACGGACUUCUAGAAGGAAACUACCACAUCUAUUCCUUUGCCUGUACCGGUUCAUCCAUAACGCUAAGGUCUGUGGUAGCCCUCACUGGUCCAUACAUUUUCCUUACUCGUGUACCAAUAUUCCAUCGGAAGCAUCGGGCGUAAUUCCCUCCCCUCCUGCAUCUUCUCGACCAAAUCCGGAUUUGAGAGGAACGGCCUUCCAAACGCGACCAACCGAAGCCCAGCCCGAUCAUGACGUGAAUGUAGCCCAGCUUGUACGCACUGAACCUCCUCGCGUAGUACAGGAACGACUCGCGGAAGUCGUCGCUCCCCAUGCCAUUGUACACACCGUUCGGAGCGAUGCGGAUCCCCACGCACUCCGGCUCGAACAUCGUCAGAACAGCGCGGAUACACGCGUCCACAAUGCGGAAACGGUUCUCCAGCGAUCCUCCGUACUGAUCCGUGCGAUGGUUCGAGCAGCUCUGCAUGAAAGUAUCCAGCACAAAGCCAUGAAGACGGCGGAUAAAGACGGGGGUGUUGUAAACGGGGCGGGCAAGGCUCUACUCCUUCUUUGUGUGAUAGGUUUUCCGGAAGAAGCGCAGAAACAGAAGCAAGUAGGUGGCGUUAAUAAGUGCGGACACAGCGAGCCCCCUCCCCCCUCUGCACGGCCCCCGACUCCUGAGCCAGAUGUACGGGACCAAGCUCGCAAAGCCCGCGACAAACUGGACGAUCUGGCAAGUGGUGAUCAUCUUCUUCCCCGGAAAGGGGAUCUUGAGCAGGGCGGCAGCAUAGUAGGCGUACAUCACGACGUGGACCAGGGUGUUGAACCACAU